CUCCUUCACCCCACCUCCCGCUCUACCCCACCCCAGUACCCCUCACCUUUUUUAACUCAAAAAACUUCUCCUCCCAUUACUAUUUUCACUUCCAACAUAUAUAUCUAUAAACACAAUUCUAUAUCUUUUUGUAUAGAAGAAUAUUACCUUCAGCCUUUAGGGAAGAAAUUUUUUUUCAAGAAAGAACCAACCCAAUUUUGGAAACAUAAUUUCAAACGAGAAAAAGGAAGAAUUUUUGGUGAAUUUGGAGAGUAAAGUUUGUAGAUAAGAAAGAUUCUUCUCCCUUUUUUUGGUUGGUGUUAUUUAUAGGUAAUGCAUCAGAAGAAAUCUGAAGUGCAAAUUGGAAAAGAAAGCAUUUGCUGCAUCUCUUCCGAUUUCAAUCGUACAGCGCCCCUUGUUUCUUCUUCAUCUUCUCUUCAUCAGAAACACCCUUCAAAUUCCCAUAAUUUCAACUCUGGUCCCCAACCUUUGAUUUUCGCAUCUUCUGUGUCACCUUCUUCUUCACCUGGAUAUCAGGAUCAUACUGCUAUUCAAGUUUUCAUUGAUAAUGAUAAUAAUGACGCAAUUUCCCCUACCCCCACCACCACCCCUACCACCAAAACCACCCCACAUAAAAGACCCCUUUUGGGAGUUUCAUCAAACAACCCUUCAAAAUCUCUCAUAAAGACUCCAACUUUAUCCAAUUCUCUUCACAAAUAUCAAUUUUCCUCUGUAAAGGGUCAACACCCAUGUAGAAACUUGAGCAAUUUCCAUUUCUACCCCUGCCAUAUUCGGCUCAUACUCAUUUUUUCUCUUCUGUUCUUCUGUUUCUUGGUUUCACGUCCAAAAAAUUCUUUCUUUUUGGAUUUUCUUUCUGCUUUUGCUUUUUCAGCAGCCCUUUUGUUUACACUGAAUUUAGCACUUCCAAGAUUCCCCUCAAUUCGUUUAUUCUUGGCUAAGUCUUUGCCUCCAAUUAAGAUUUUUUCAUCAAAACAAGUGUCCAAGAAUGCUUUACCAGUGUUUUGGUCAAUAGGGUCAAGGCCAAGAAUUGAUAAAAAGGUAAAUACUUCAGGUUGUUAUGUGCAGGCAUACAGUAAUGGUGAUGUGUUUGAGGGGGAGUUUCAUAAAGGGAAGUGUAGUGGAAGUGGGGUUUAUUACUAUUACAUGAGUGGGAGAUAUGAAGGGGAUUGGGUUGAUGGGAAGUAUGAUGGUUAUGGGGUUGAAACAUGGGCAAGGGGGAGCAGAUAUAGGGGACAAUAUAGGCAAGGACUUAGGCAUGGAUUUGGGGUUUAUAGGUUUUAUACAGGUGAUGUAUAUGCUGGGGAAUGGUCUAAUGGACAAAGUCAUGGGUGUGGAGUUCAUACUUGUGAGGAUGGGAGCAGGUAUGUUGGUGAAUUUAAGUGGGGAGUUAAGCAUGGCCUUGGACAUUACCACUUCAGGAAUGGAGAUACUUAUGCUGGAGAAUAUUUUACUGAUAAGAUGCAUGGUUUUGGAGUAUAUUGUUUUGCAAAUGGGCAUCGGUAUGAAGGAGCCUGGCAUGAGGGAAGGAGGCAAGGGCUUGGGAUGUAUACUUUUAGGAAUGGGGAAACCCAGUCUGGUCAUUGGCAAAAUGGGGUCCUCGACAUUCCAAGCACACAUAAUACCUCCUAUUCUGUAUCUCCUGUUGCUGUUUACCACUCCAAAGUACUAAAUGCUGUACAGGAGGCACGACGAGCAGCAAAGAGGGCCUACGAUGUGACUAAGGUUGAUGAGAGAGUGAACAGGGCAGUUGCAGCAGCCAACAGAGCAGCCAAUGCAGCUAGAGUAGCUGCGGUGAAAGCUGUGCAAAAGCAAAUGCAUCAUCGGAGGAACAGUGAUGACCUUCCAAUGUUCAACUGAUUGUUAUCAGUUUAAGCAUGAAGUGGUCAUCCAUUUUCAUUUUCACAGACAGCUGCUAGGGAAUUCGUCCUUAAAAUACCCUCUUAAUUUGUUCAUGAUGACUCUCUUGUUAUUACCUCCAGUGCCACAAGGGGAAGCUGGUCGUAUAGUCCGCUAGAGUUUCGCCUUGUCUAAAGUUGGGCAAAUCUUCAAGCUGCUGCAUCAUGGUCUUGUUAAUGGUUUAAAUGGAUGAUGCUGUCCGCUAGCUACCUUUUUCCUUCAGCUGUUUUGUAUAUUUAGCUAGUAGUAAAAUCUGAGUGCUGGUGUCCAGAUAUAAUCUCAAUCCAACUGGCAUUUUGUGUAUUAGUGACUUGAGAAUUUGUGGAAGUGUCAAUGAAACGGAAAAAGAAAAGAAUAUAGAAAACCUAGUCUUUGUGUCUGUGGCCAAAAUCAUGGAGCUGUUUAAUCAUCCUUACUAAUAUUUGGAUGACUAUUCUCUGGGGGUGCGGUUGAGGAUUUAAACAUACUACAUUACCUUUUGUUUUCUUA